AAAAACACCUCUUUUUUCGCAUGUUCAAAAAUGGGAUGUGUCGUACCGCCCCUUCGGCACGAGAUAUCAAAAAAACGGAUCUCGGAUUCGUGAUCAGGGACAAAAAUUACCCCUUAGGACCAAGUUUCACGCAAACGGUCGGGGCAACUGCUGUGUGAGUUGUCGGAGAAUUACCCAAUUGCGCUAGUUAAAAAAAUGGUUGGCUCAACAAAAUUGCCAACUCAUAUCAGCAAAUUUACUGAUUGGCAAUGGAUACUCUUUCUAUGUUACUAUCGAAUUUUAAUAAUCUAAAGUGUUUGAAGAUACAUUUAAGCUAGGUUUGUUGUGGUAACGGAAUUACAAUGUUCAUUGUGAGGAUAACUACAAUCCUAAGCGUUGUUCUUCUAAAAUGGCUUCUGCUGAAUGGUUGUUGGCAACAAUUCUAGUCGUACUUUUAUUUGUCAGAUCUGAAGGCACCUCGUCAGAACCAAUCAAAUACAUCGUAUCAGUAAUUAAUUACCUAGCAGCCUCGGAAUCUGGUGUACCCAGUUGUGUAUUUUACCGAUUUGUUAAAAACACUAGCCUCGAGCCUGUUCUUCGGGCACCAGAGCUUGAAUUUGUAUCAAAAGUGAUAUUUUUGACGUACGCCCCUAUCGUCCGUAUUGACCAGUGGAGUACUGAGAAGAUGCUGAUUGUGCUUGAGGCCAACCAACUAUCGAAAAGAUUCAAUCAUUACUAUUUCAACAACGUAAUGGAAUCCAUGAGUCCUAAAACUAAGAUACUUGUGCUUGCCGAUACAGAGUCCAAAGAUUUUCACAAGUGCGAUGAGAUUUUGAGAAAUUUGAAUUACUGUGAUGUGGUGUAUUUGGACGAGAAGAAUCACCGAAUGUGGGCCGUUGAUAUAGUUAAACGUGUUCAGCUGAAAUAUUUGGGAGCUCCGAGUGAGGUGUUCAACGGUUCUAUGAUUCGAAAUAUGCGCGGAAGACGGCUGAAGAUUGCGGGACGAAUCAAAGUCUUAAACGAUACACCUUUCUAUGUAUGGUCAAAAGAAACCGCCUUGCUUAUGAACACCACUGUCUGGAAGACUUAUCAUACCUGUGGCAUUAUGGCAACGGAUAUAAGUAACCCAUGCUACGACAGGCAUUUAGACACAAAACGGAUCGAUAUUGAUUUAACAUGUUACACCAUAGACAACUAUAACAAAUUUGCGUUCAACCGCCUCUUAACAUCGCUCAUGUAUUACGAAACAGUUUUAGUUCCCAGAUCGCAACUAACAAUCGUGCAGCUGUUCUUUUUUCCUUUUCAAUUGGGUGUUUGGGUACUACUAGGAUCACUUCUUGGUUUAGCGGAAAUAUUGAAAUUGCUGUUUCCGUGGCUUCUUCGAAAUGAUCCCAUCCUAUUGGUUGUUUGUGGAUUCGAAAGAUACGAUCUACAUAAAGCUCGACGAUGGGAAAAAAUAGUUUUACUAUCAUUGAUUGUCUUGAUCUUCUUCACAACUUGUGCCUAUGAAACCAAACUGCAAUCAAUGAUGAUCAGAAAGCCGGCAACCAGACAAAUCAAUACGUUGCAAGAGUUGAUAGAUUCCGGAAUCAAAAUCAAAGUGAAUUUGUUAAGCUAUCCUAGUUUGAUAAACCACAGUUUGAUCGAUGGCAUAGUUGUCGAUAGCUUGGAAACUGUUAUUGAUAUGGACAUGGAACAUGCUUACAUUGCAACACAAAAUGUGGCUGAAUUCGUGGCCUCUUUUUAUUACGAUAGCAGUCAACGCAUGUUCCGUUACAGAGUUCUACGUGAACCUCUGUCUAUGAAUCACUUAACUAUUAAUCUAUCUUCUCGAAGCCCUUUUCUAAACAUUUUAAGCAAAACAUUAUCGUCCAUUAUCGAAAGCGGACUCUAUGAACACUGGCAAAUGAUUAGAGCAAGUUCCCACAGGUUACGUAUCGCAAAAACCGUAGAUGCAUUGUUUUUCUCUGACAUUACUCCAGCUUGGAUGGCUUGGGGUGGUGGCCUAAUUGUGAGCAUUGUUGCAUUCGUAGGUGAAAUUUGUAUAAAAGUUCUAGUUCCAAAAUUGUGGUCGAUAAUUUUUUUCUACAAAAUAAAACGAUCUCAGAUGGUACGGAACCAUGUCGCUAAUUUGGUUGAUUCAAACAAGAAAAAAAUAAAAAGGUAAUGCUUUUUCAGGAUUUUAUAACUAUAUUAAAUAAUCCCACUUUUCUAGGCAAUCAAAAGUAACUGAAGAGUCGAAUAACUCACGUACCAUGAAUUUUCCAGCUUCUUUAAAGCCAAUAUCCUAGCCACAUAUUAGCCAAGCUCAAAACAUCAUUGAAAUUGUAUCGUUUCAUACUACCCUUCAUAUUCAAUUCAUAGACUCUCUGAACAUACUAUGAACCAGAUCGUGAACGCACCCCGAUUAAAACAAAAACGUCACUCCCAAACGCAAGCACACCACUACACUCUCACCAAGCUGUCAUCGGCUGCGGCAACCCAAAACAGCAACAAAAACACUGAGCCGAGUCUCUGCCCAAUUAACUCUCCUGUGUGUUGCUGCUGUUGAUGCACACGAAAUUUUUAUUUAUAAAGUAACUACUGGUGGUGGUGCAGGAACGCCGAGAAGGUAGCUGCUGUUACGGGGAGCUUUUGGGCGUACGAAUGCAGCGGAACUAGCUGGCUGGAGGAUUAUCGAUAUCCGAUUGCAGUGACGUUGCUAGCAAGUCUGGCCAAAACAAGUGUGUUGUGUUAUUUUUUUAUCGAUCUGUACUCUCAAUAGCUAAUGGG